AACCAGUAUAUACACAUUGUUUUUUUUCUAUUGUUGAAUUUCGUAUAUUUUCUUGAAAACGUAAUUUAAUUUUUGUAACAGGAAGAAGUUAUUUUUAUAUCAUAGCAUUGAUUGUUUGCAAAAAUCUUGUUGCACUAAUUGUGACUUCCUUAAAGCUACUAAUUAGCUGACGGAAAGAUUUAUUGUUGCUACUAAUUAGUAAAAUUAAGCUAGUCAAUUGUGAUAUUUAAAUUUGAGUUACCAAAUUGUAGUCUUAAGUUCAUUUGUUAUUAUCGUGAUCCUUGUUUUAGUGUUAGAUAGCAUCUCUGGCCAGCAGCUCUGCAAAUUAGUUUCCAUUAUGGCCGAAGAAUGUGAUAAAAACGAAGAAAAAUAUUUACUUAAAAAUGGUCGAUUACUUCUCAAAGAAAUGUUCGAUGGAUUAUCUUACACUUAUCCUCAGUUAGAUGUUUAUCCAGAGAGCCACGUAAUAGUACUAAGACCAACAAAUGGAAACCGAGUAAAUCUACUUGCAGGCGGUGGAUCUGGACACGAACCAUAUCCUUUCGGGUAUGUUGGAAAUGGAAUGUUAUCAGCCUGUGUCAGCGGUCACGUGUUUACAUGUUGCUCUUCUUUAAAUAUAUACCAGGCAAUUAAAUAUCUACAUAAUUACAGCAAAAAAUCAGCUAUUUUAUUAAUCGUGGCUAAUUAUACUGGAGAUGUUUUUAAUUUUGGAUUAGCUUGUGAAAAAGCUAAAAAACUUGACAAUAUUGAAGUUGCUGAAAUAGUGAUUGCUGACGAUUGUUCAAGGUCUGGUGGCAAAGUUGGGAAAAGAGGCAUGUGUGGACUAUUAUAUGUAUUGAAAAUAUUGGGAGCUAUGGCUAGGCAAGGUUCAAGCCUUGCAGAACUUGUGGUUGUUGGAAAAAAUUUAAAUAGCAAAAUGGCAUCUUUAGGACUUUGUGCUAGUUCAUGUAACAUUCCGGGUGAAGAACCAUCUUUUAUACUAAAUAGAGGGGAAUUUGAGUUUGGAGUUGGAUUGCAUGGUGAAGCUGGAACAUCAAGAAUUAAAGUAUCAGAUAGUAGAGAGUUAAUUUAUUUGGCUGUGGAUAAAAUAUGCAAUACUCUAAAAUUAAACGAAUCGAGUGUUGUGUGCUUAAUUAUUAACAAUUUAGGUACAGUAUCCCAUAUUGAAUUAGGUGCUAUUGCCAAAUACACUAAGGAAUAUUUUGACUCGCUAAAAAUAGAGAUACGGCGAUUAUUUAUAGGCACAUUCAUCGUUUCUCUAAAUAUGUACGGGUUUCAGUUAAGCGUUCUUGAUGUAACAAAUAAUCAAGAAUGGAUCGACUGUAUAGAUGAAGAAACUUCUGCGUUUGCUUGGCCAGGAAGUCAUAUGAGCGUGAAAAUAGAUAAAAGAGCAGCUGAUGUCAUUGAAAUACCAACUCUAGAAAAAUUGCCUACUAAUCAAGGUGCACGUAUAACUGAACAAAACGCUUUAAUUUUUAAAAAAAUGUUGAAAACUAUCGGAGAGGUAAUGUUGGAUAAUGUGGAAUACCUAAACAAGUUAGAUCAAGAAAUUGGAGAUGGAGACAAUGGUACCACCAUAUCACGAUUUGCUUCUGAAUUACUAAAUGUCUUGGACAAACUUCCGUUGAGGUAUCCAGCAAGUGUUCUAAAUUCAUUAGCAUUAAUAUGCGAAGAUAAAAUGGGUGGUGCAUCAGGUGCUCUCUAUAGUUUGCUGUUAUAUGGGGCUUCUGGACACCUAGCAUCUUCAGAUCGAUUGGAUUGGACAGGUGCCCUAAGUCAAGCUCUAAAAACAGCUAUGAAGUAUUCAAGCGCUAGAAAGGGGGAUAAAACUAUGUUUGAUCCUCUUAUAGCUAUUGAAGAAGUUUUUAAAGAUUACAAUUCUAAAUUGUUAUCUAAUCCUGAUGAAGGUGUAUAUGCCAAAGUAAUAGAAAUCGCAUUGAAUAAGGUUCAAAGUGUUUGUAAUGAUUUGAAAGGAAUAAAAGCCGAGUUUGGUAAAGCAUCUUACGUAGAAAGUGUAACAUCAAUCGGUAAAAUGGAUGCUGGAGCACAAGGGGUUGCGUUAUGGUUUGAAGCCAUCAGUAAUACGUUAAUGAAAUCUUAGAACAAAUAAUAAUAAUAACAAAACAACUAAAUUCUAAAUUUAAAAAAAUUUCACAAUUAUUUUUACUAUUAUAUUUAAUCACAUCGAUCAAAGUAAAUAAAUGUAUUAAUAAUCAAAAGUAAGUUGAAAUUUUAACGAUAAAAUUAAUCAAUGAAAUAGAACAUUAGUUAUUAAGACGGAUUGUACUGUUUCAAAAAACAAAUGUGCAGCCUAGAGAAAAAAAGUAGGUUAAUAAAUUCAUUAUAAUAUGAAUAUUAAAGAUAUAAAUGAGUUAUGAAUGGUGGCCAUUAACUAGUUAAGUUAAAAAGUUUAAAAAAUUUUAAUUUUUCAACUUGACUACUUAAUUAUUUUUCUAAUAAACUUUUCAACUUAACUAAUUUAAUUUUCUAUUGAAAUGACUUAGCUUUUAUCAGUUAAUUUGUUAAAAUAACCGUUAAGCUAAAUUCAAAACUUCAUAAAAAUGUAUGUCUUACGCUGCGUAUGUGUUUUAAUUUAAAAAAAUCGAAUUUUUCUCUAUACCACAUAUUAUAGUUAUAUAACAAUAAUUUUCUGAAUUUUUUCAAAAAUAUAUGUGAUUUUUAACUGA